AUGUGGACGCGGUCUGCUCSGGUCUCCACGGAUAGGGAGCGGGGACGGGGAUGCCGGGGAGCUCCGCGAGGCGGCUCUGACCUCCGUGUCCCGCAGACGGUGGAACACGGCUUCCCCAACCAGCCGAGCGCGCUGGCCUACGACGCCGAGCUCCGCAUCAUGGCCAUCGGCACCAAGGCGGGCGCCGUCAAGAUCUACGGCGCCCCGGGCGUGGAGUUCAGCGGGCUGCACAGGGAUGCGGCCACCGUCACGCAGAUGCACUUCGUGCCCGGCCAGGGCUGGCUGCUSUGCCUGCUGGACGACAACACGCUGCACCUCUGGGAGAUCUACCACAAGGAGGGCUGCUCGCACCUGGAGGAGACGCGCAGCUGCGGCCUGCCGGGGCGCCCAGGGUUCGACAGCGCUAACUGCUCGCCCGGCAUCACGCGGGUGACGGUGAUCCUGGUGAAGUCCUCCUGUGACGUGGCCUGCCUGGGCACCGAGGGCGGCGGGCUCUACUUCCUGGCGCUCCCUGGCCUCGCGCUGCUCGAGGAGAGAACCCUCCUCCAGGACGAGAUCCUGCAGAGCGUGCCCGACGACUACCGCUGCGGGAAGGCGCUGGGGCCCGUCGAGUCCGUGCAGGAGCACCCGCAGGACCCCUCCAAGCUGCUCGUCGGCUACAGCCGGGGGCUGGUGGUCAUCUGGGACCAGAGCACGCGCGCCGUCCAUCACCUCUUCCUGGGCAAUCAGCAACUGGAAAGCCUGGCCUGGGAGCACAGCGGCAAGACCAUCGUGAGCUCCCACAGCGACGGCGGCUACAUGGUGUGGGCCGUGACCAGCAGCUGCCAGACGACCCAGCAGCCCGUCCUGUCCACCAUCCCGUACGGUCCGUUCCCUUGCAAAGCCAUCAACAAGAUCCUGUGGCGAACCAGUGAAUCGGGCAACCCCUUCAUCAUCUUCAACGGCGGCAUGCCGCGGGCCAGCUACGGCGACCGGCACUGCGUCAGCGUGCUGCAGGGCCAGAACCUCGCCACGCUGGACUUCACCUCCCGCAUCAUCGACUUCUUCACCGUGCAGGGCGCGGCCGUGGCCGAGGGAGGCUUCGAGAACCCGCGUGCCCUGGUGGUCCUGGUGGAGGAAGAGCUGGUGGUGAUCGACCUGCAGACGCCGGGCUGGCCCACCAUCCCGGCCCCCUACCUGGCACCUCUGCACUCCUCUGCCAUCACCUGCUCCUAUCACAUCUCCAACGUGCCCCUCAAGCUCUGGGAGAGGAUCAUCAGCGCAGGGGAGCAGCAGAGCCCCCGGCUCUCCUCCGCGGCUUGGCCCAUCAACGGAGGCAAGAACUUGGCCCAGGAGCCCACACAGAGAGGUCUUCUCCUUACUGGGCACGAGGACGGCACCGUGCGCUUCUGGGACGCCUCGGGGGUGUCGCUGAGGCCGCUCUACAAGCUGGGCACUGCCAACAUCUUCCAGACAGACUGCGAGCACAACGACAGCCUCAACCAGGCGGGCGAGGAGGAGUGGCCGCCCUUCCGGAAGGUCGGCUGCUUUGAUCCCUACAGCGACGACCCGCGCCUGGGCGUGCAGAAGAUCGCGCUGUGCAAGUACACGGCCAGGAUGGUGGUGGCUGGCACCGCUGGGCAGGUGCUGGUCAUGGAGCUGAGCGACGAGAGGUCGGAGCACGCGGUCAGCGUGGCCACGGUCGACCUGCUGCAGGACCGCGAGGGCUUCACCUGGAAGGGCCACGACCGGCUGGCGCCCAAGAACGGCCCCGUGGCCUUCGGCCCCGGCUUCCAGCCCAGCGUGCUGGUGCAGUGCGUGCCGCCCGCCGCCGUCACCGCCGUGACGCUCCACUCCGAGUGGAACCUCGUGGCCUUCGGCACCAGCCACGGCUUCGGCCUCUUCGACUACUACAGGCGCAACGCGGUGCUGGCCCGGUGUACGCUGCACCCCAACGACUCGCUGGCCAUGGAGGGUCCCCUAUCCCGCGUGAAGUCCCUCAAGAAGUCCCUGCGACAGUCCUUCCGACGCAUCCGCAAGAGCAGGGUGUCGGGCAAGAAGAGGGUCACCAACAGCCCCUCCAGCAAGGUGCAGGAAGCCAACGCGCAGCUGGCGGAGCAGGCCGGGCCGCCCGAGGUGGAGAUGACCCCGGUGCAGCGGCGCAUCGAGCCGCGCUCGGCCGACGACUCGCUCUCGGGGGUGGUGCGGUGCCUCUACUUCGCCGACACCUUCCUGCGGGACGCYGCCCAUCACGGCCCCACCAUGUGGGCAGGGACCAACUCGGGCUCCGUGUUCGCCUACGCGCUGGAGGUGCCGUCGCAGGAGAAGUUCUCGGAGCGCGCGGUGGAGGCGGUGCUGGGCAAGGAGAUCCAGCUCAUGCACCGGGCGCCYGUGGUGGCCAUCGCCGUGCUGGACGGCCGCGGCAACCCCCUGCCCGAGCCCUACGAGGUGUCGCGGGACUUGGCCAAAGCCCCCGACAUGCAGGGCAGCCACUCCAUGCUCAUCUCCUCGGAGGAGCAGUUCAAGGUGUUCACGCUCCCCAAGGUGAGCGCCAAGACCAAGUUCAAGCUGACGGCGCACGAGGGCUGCCGGGUGCGCAAGGUGGCCCUGGUGAGCUUCGCCAGCGCCGCCUCCGAGGAGCACACGGAGAACUGCCUGGCCUGCCUCACCAACCUGGGCGACAUCCACGUCUUCACGGUGCCCGGCCUGCGGCCCCAGGUGCACUACAGCUGCAUCCGCAAGGAGGACAUCAGCGGCAUCGCCUCCUGCGUCUUCACCAAGCACGGCCAGGGUUUCUACCUGAUUUCACCAUCUGAGUUUGAACGCUUCUCCCUGAGCUCCAGGAAUGUGACGGAGCCUGUCUGCUCCCUGGAGGUCUCCAGGCUCCAGGACACCUCGUGUCUCAGCAACAACUUGACGGCGACGCCGAAGCUGCCGCAGGCCAACGGCACCCACGUCCCCCACAGCCCCGAGGCCGAUCGCUCCCCGGCCGACAGCGACCGGUCCCCUGGGGAGCAGCCAGCAGCCUUCUCGCCCGGGCCCGUCGACUCCCCCAACAGCAGCCUGGAGAACCCGCUGGACACCACGGGGGACAUCACCGUGGAGGAAGUGAAGGAUUUCCUGCCGUCCUCAGAGGAAGCAGAGAGGAACCUGAGGAACGUGAGCGAGGACGAGGCCCGGCCCCCGGGGCUCCUCAUCAAGUGAGGGAUCUCCGGCRGCCGAGGCCUCCGCAGCCCCUCUCCGUGCCUGGAUUCCCGGGACGCGCCGCUCGGCUGGACUCUGCCCCGCGCCCCUCCGCGUAACGUAGCCUGG